AAAGUCCCAGGCGGCCAGGCCACCUGCUCCAUACUUCUCGGAUAGGCGAGGGAGCAGGGAAGGCAUGGCCGGGAGCGGCGGCCGCCGCCAGCGCGGCCCCCCACUAUUCGCAACGGAGAAGCCGAGUCGGGUGGCGAUGGCCGCGUACAGGCUGUACGCGGCCACGGUCUUCGCGGGGGUCCUUCUGGUAUGGCUCUACAGGGCCACUCACCUGCCGCCAGCCGGCAGCGGCGUGCGGCGGUGGGCGUGGCUCGGGAUGCUCGCCGCCGAGCUCUGGUUCGGCCUCUACUGGGUGCUGACGCUUUCCGUGCGGUGGAGUCCCGUCUACCGCCGCGCCUUCAAGGACCGCCUCGCGCAAAGGUACAGUGAAGAUCAGCUUCCUAGUGUAGACAUAUUUGUCUGUACAGCAGACCCAGCAGCAGAGCCACCGAUGCUUGUCAUCUCUACUGUUCUAUCCGUCUUGGCUUAUGACUACAUGCCGGAGAAGCUGAACAUCUAUUUAUCUGAUGAUGCUGGAUCAGUGUUAACCUUCUACGCUCUAUGCGAGGCAUCCGAGUUUGCAAAGCAUUGGAUUCCAUUUUGCAAGAAGUACAAGGUGGAACCCAGGUCGCCGAUUGCCUACUUUGCCAAAGUAACUUCCCCUCCUGAUGGAUGUGGACCUAAAGAAUGGUUUACCAUGAAGGAACUGUACAGAGACCUAACAGAUCGCGUGAAUUCAGUGGUAAAUUCAGGUAGGAUCCCUGAGGAUCUACAAUGCAAUCUCAGAGGCUUCUCACAGUGGAAUGAGACAAUCACUUCUAGUGAUCACCCUGCUAUAGUUCAGAUUUUAAUUGAUGGGAACAACAAAAAGGCAGUUGAUACUGAUGGAAAUGCAUUGCCAACACUUGUAUAUAUGGCACGUGAGAAGAGACAUCAGGAACAACAUCACUUCAAAGCUGGAUCGUUGAAUGCUUUGAUAAGGGUAUCAUCGGUGAUAAGCAACAGCCCCAUCAUUAUGAAUGUGGAUUGUGAUAUGUACUCCAACAAUUCAGAAUCCAUCAGAGAAGCGUUGUGCUUUUUCCUAGAUGAAGAGCAAGGUCAAGAUAUUGGUUUUGUGCAGUACCCUCAGAACUUUGAAAAUGUGGUGCACAAUGACAUCUAUGGCAACCCCAUCAACGUUGUCAACGAGUUGGAUCAUCCUUGUUUGGAUGGUUGGGGUGGAAUGUGUUACUAUGGUACUGGAUGCUUCCAUCGGAGAGAGGCCCUAUGUGGACAAUUAAAUAGUCAAGAAUACAAGGAAGAUUGGAGUAUGAUGGUGGGGAGAACAGAAGAUGCCAAUGAAUUGGAAGGAAUGGCCAGAUCACUUGUGACUUGCACAUAUGAGCAUAAAACCCUCUGGGGAAGCGAGAUGGGAGUUAGGUAUGGAUGCCCACUGGAGGAUGUAAUUACAGGAUUGCAAAUCCAAUGCCGUGGAUGGAAAUCGGUGUACUACAACCCUGAAAGAAGGGGAUUCUUAGGCAUGGCCUCCACUUCACUAGGCCAGAUCCUGGUUCAGUACAAGAGAUGGACAGAAGGGUUCCUUCAGAUAUCCCUGUCACGGUUCAACCCCUUCCUAUUAGGUCGUGGGAAGAUCAAAUUGGGUCUUCAAAUGGGUUAUUCUGUCUGCGGCUUCUGGGCCCUAAACAGUUUCCCCACCUUGUACUACGUCACAGUCCCGUCGCUUUGCUUCCUCAAUGGCAUCUCCCUCUUCCCUGAGAGAACAAGCCCUUGGUUCAUACCUUUCGCAUAUGUCAUGGUGGUUGCAUGCUCCUGCAGCCUAGUAGAGUCAUUGCAAUGUGGUGGCAGUGCAUUGGAGUGGUGGAAUGCACAAAGGAUGUGGCUUAUUAGAAGGAUCACUUCAUACCUCCUGGCCAACAUCGACACGAUCCGCAGAUUAUUGGCCAUCUCUGAGUCAGGAUUCACCCUGACGGUGAAGGUCAGUGACUCGCAGGCCUUGGAGAGGUACAAGAAGGGAAUGAUGGAAUUUGGAUCCUUCUCGGCGAUGUUUGUAAUCCUUACGACAGUUGCACUGCUCAACCUAGCAUGUAUGAUGUUAGGAAUUAGUAGAGUUUUGUUACAAGAAGAUGCAGGGGGUCUGGAGAAUUUGUUUCUCCAGGCUGUCCUAUGUGUGCUGAUAGUAGCCAUCAAUUUCCCGGUUUAUGAGGCGCUCUUCCUCCGCAGGGACAAGGGCAGCUUGCCAGCUUCUGUUGCUCAAGUUUCCAUUUGCUUUGUGUUGCCACUCUGCAUACUGUCAAUAUGCAAAUGAACUCGGUGCAGCACAAAGGUCAUAUACAGUGUUAUAUAUUCCAGGAAGAACUGAAACUUGAAAGUGCUGUCAGGCAGCUAGUUCCA